UUUUUUUUUAUUUUUGUAGAGAACAAGUUAGAAUUCCGAUGGACAAGCCGUUCAUCUACCUCAAAGGUGAAGGGAAAAGGAACACUUACGUUGUUUGGGAUGCACAUGAUUCUAUAGCAACAAGCGCCACAUUCACGUCCGAGGCCGACAACACCAUUGCAAAGUGCAUAACAUUUGUAAACUCUUACAAUUCUCCUCCAAACAAAAAGCCGAUGAAGACAGCUGUUGCAGCCAUGAUACAAGGCGACAAAUCUUUGUUCUACCGAUGUGGCUUUUUCGGGUUUCAAGACACAUUGUGGGACGUUUCUGGCAGACAUUAUUUCAAACUAUGCACAAUUCAAGGGGCCGUCGAUUUCAUAUUCGGCGCAGGCCAAUCCCUCUAUGAGUGUAAAAUAGUGGGAAAUGGGAAUACUUAUCUUGGAAGGGCGUGGAGGGAUUAUGCUCGAGUAUUGUUUUACAACAGUUCGAUGUCAGAAAUAAUAGUUCCUAAAGGAUGGGAUUGUUGGUACAACGUUGGGAGAGAGUACCAGUUGACCUUCGCCGAGCAUAGCUGUAAGGGUUUGGGAUCAAACACGGCGAGGAGGGUGAAGUGGAUAAAGAAGCUCAGCCCACAAUAUUUGAACCACCUAACGUCCUUUUCCUUCAUUGAUGAUAAGCAAGGCUGGAUGAGAAAACUACCUUUCCACAUUUUUAUGGCUUAA